CCUGACGCUAAAAGCAUGUUAUCCAAUUAGCAGCGUUAGAGGAGGGGUCGUCCUUGGCACGGCAAUUUGCCAAUUAGAGAGAACAGGUGAAUUAGCUCUCCUACUUAGCGCCAUGUAAACGGAACAGUCGUGUCUUUGCUAAAGUAAGACAACACUGUGAGUCGUGAAAAAAAAAGACCAGAGUGAAAAAGACAAACAUGCACGCUUUGGUGAACGCCUUCAUGCGCUGUCUCUCCUUCCUCCUGCCUCCCUCCUGGCUUUGUGUCAGCUUUUGCUUGUGGGCUGGGAAUGAGUACGAAGAGACGCUGCCGCGGUCCAAUCCCAGAGCUCGUUUCAAAAGCAGAAAGCCUCUUACAUAUGAGGAAGUAGCAGCCGUAGCAGCAGCAGCAGCAGCAUUAGAAGCCCGAGGAGGCUCCAGACCGUCGGUCUCUCCAGGUCCAGGCUGCGUCUCGCUGGCUGCUAAAACCCCCGCUACUCCUCAGGGCCCUCGUUUGGGUCGGAACUGGAUCGGGGGUCUCUGGCGAGCCGUGGAGCGCGUCCUCGGAGCCCCCUUGGUCCUUCUCCGCCAUCACUGGUGCCCUAAGAAGCAUCGAGCAGCUUUACGCACCCCGUAUCCUGUCUGUGCCCUCGACUCGAGCAAGAUUAAAAGCUUCCAGGGAGGCGCUGCUGCUGCUGCAACCGAGGAAGGGAAGCGUGCGGCCGGAGGAAGCACCUUGAUUUAUCCGGGGAACAUGAGCGGGUCCGUGGGGAUCCCCGAUCCGAGCUUGACGGAGUGCGCCUCGGUUGCGUCAGCGGAGCAGGGCAUCGAUGAGGUAAUCACCGUGGACCAGCACACGCAAGAGAUGGGGACGGUGACGAUAACAGUGGCCAUUCAAGCGGCAGAGGACGAGGAACCCGAGGAAGUGUCACCCAAUAACAUCGAUUUCCUCGGAGGGAGCUGUAGCGAGGACGAAAUCGGGAGACAUGACAAAUCAAGGUUUGACUUUUUAAUUCCCAUUUAGCUAAUUAUCUUUAACUCUUGACAACACGGCAGCUUAACUCCCAAACUGGGUCAGCUGCAUCAUUAAUAAGUUAAAGGAUUGUUUCUUUGCCUCGUAAGACCUCACACCAUUCAAGUCUGUUCGUCUGAUGUCUGAAUGAUGAAAUAAAAACCCUCUGAGAGGCAGACUCGGUUCGAGAAAAGUUCGAGAUUGAAUGAAACGUGUUGCUCUUUGUGCCAAGGUAAAAGAAACCUUGUGCCCUCGUGUUUUCGCCUCUUGUUUAAUCCAGCACUGAUUCAGGAUUUCAGAUGGAGGACUGCCAGCAUGUGAGCAGCGUGGGUACAGGUAGGUUAUUCAGCUUGAGUGAAAGAAUGCCUGUGGAGUAUCGAGAUACUGUACAAAUAAAGCUCUAAUCCCAACAGGUGUAGCCUCUCACAGUGACAACAAAAGCCAGUCAACAACAUCACAAUGUGCCAUGAGGACAAAAGCUGCCCACAAUUGUGAGUGCAAAUCCUCCCAUGACAUAAAAGCUGUGGGUUAUUAUUAGCCUGUCUCCUGCAGACAGACGGAGAAGUGUUGAACCACCUGUGGGCAGCAUUGGUGCUGUAGCAGCACACACACCUGAGCAAGGAAGAGGGAGGGCCACAUAGAGGGAGGAUGGCACCUUCACUUUAAUCUAAUUCCCCUGCGUCAUGCUCUGCUAUUUUUAUCCCCUGGCCCAUAAGUUGCCGUCUGAGAGCGUGCGCAAAGAGUGAGUCAGAAAGGCCAGAGGGGAGAAUAAAUCGUUCUGUCCAAGUCAAACAUUUGCCUGUAGGUCACACCUUAUUGUUUCUCAGAGUGUCUGUAACACCUGUGCACUCCAGUGCCGUGUGCCUCCAACAUCAGACAGAGAGCAUGCAUGAAACUUGUGGUAAAAGUUGCAGUUACCUCUUUCUGCUGCUGUUUCAUUUCUGCAAACUUUACUCAGGGACUUCCAGGAAUAUUGUAUGGUGACUUGAAACAAAGGCAUUCUUCAUACCAUUCCCAUACUGUUUUCUUUAAUCCAGAGUUAUUAAAUAAUCUGGAGUGAGCGAUAAGAUACUCUCCUAAAAUCACCUCUCAAGCAGAGGGCUCUACAAGACAGCUGAGAUGCACGUGCAUUCGUUAAAUUUGACCAGUAUUCCUUCAGCGCUGAAGUGUGACCUGAAAUUGAACUCGCAGCUUAUUAGAAAUGUUCCCUCUCAUUUUUUUUCUGCUUUGUUUUCCUCAUUCAUUCACAUUUUAAAACUCUCCUGUGUGUUGUCAGUCUUGUUAUUUUGUCCUUAAAGCUCCCCUCCUGGCUGUCUUUAUGCAGAGCCCAAUGGAAGCAGUGGGCUCGUGCCAGCUGUGCGGUCAGCGUGCUGGAAAGCUGUUGACUGAGUGUGUGUGUGAGGGAGAGAGAGAGGGAGGGAGGAGGUGAUGAGUCAUCCACAAAAUUUCAUUCAGACCCUCUUUCUAAUCUUCGGACUACCUGACUGUGCAGCUCUGCAGCUCCUCCCUGGCGUCUGACGGGGAUCAAACAGAGCCUGAAAGCUUUGACAAUACAGUUCAGGCAGCAGUGUCUGUGUAGAUUGUGUGAACUAGAUUUUGGUGCCACCAUAUUCUGUGUGGGAGGGCGAGCCUGUGACUUGCUGCCCUUCAGAUGGAGAGGUCUUGGCAGGGUCAGGGUUGGUGGGACACUGUGGCAUGGAGGUUUGGCCCUCAGGCCCGAUGACUGUGGCUGAAGACUCAGCCUGUCAGCUGCUGCGAGGAGAAUUGUAGAAUGAAAUGGCUGUAUGUCAAUGUAGUCAUGCCAACAGUUUGUAAUCCUCUGGUUUAUUGUAUUAAUGAAAGCCAAAUGUGUAACAGUUGUAAUGUUGGCAGUUUCGGAUAUGAAGCAUUCUGCUGUUUUUAGUGGUGGACUAGAGUCUCUGACCACGAUGAAUGUUUUCUUCCCACACACAGUGGAGCCGGGACGAGUGGAGGGGAGCUGGAGGAGGAGAGCUGGCAGCCCCCGGAUCAAGAGCUCAUCCAGAAACUGGUCGCUCAGAUCGAGUACUACCUUUCUGAUGAAAACCUGGAGCACGACGCCUUCCUGCUGAAACACGUCAGACGGAACAAACUCGGCUUCGUCAGCGUCAAGCUGCUCACUUCAUUCAAAAAGGUAAUCAGACGAACGCCCCUGUUUAAGCAGAUAUCCUGCUCUGUAAUUAGAAGUAUCCUUUGUCCUGGAAUCAUGGUUUUAUUAAUGUCCCAGUGAAGGGUAAAAACGCUGCAAACGUGAAUAUUAAUGGCUGUCAGUUUUUAGUGUCAACAUGACUAGCUGUUGGCGGUUUAAUGAGAUUCUCACACUGAUUCACAGCAGCUGGUGCCACUUUGGACUCAUACAUUCAGAUUUGUUGGGUUGUUUUUUAUCUGUUUAUGCCACAAGUAAAUCGAAUCGCCUCACACACAUUUAUUAUAAAUACAAACAAGGACUCAAAUGUGGGAUUGAGGACAGUGAGGUGAUACAUUUUGAACAUGAGUAAAUUUAUACAGUGAUGAACUGAUUAAUGCAGUGACAGCAGGAUGUUUGAGUGUGAAUCUGCGAUAAUGUAGUCAGUUUAGGAACUGAUUCAGAGUAUCGUAUGUACAAGAUGUUACACAUUGCUGAUUAUCACUGUGGUCUGGCUCCAGUUAUUGGUUAAAGCUUCAUGACUCUCAGUUUGAACCUAAUGGCUCUAAGCUGGUCCUCUCGAACCACUUAACAUCUCACCCCCGUAACAAAAUCAUCUGUUUCCUGCAGGUGAAACACUUGACUCGUGACUGGAGAACGACUGCUUACGCUCUGAGACACUCAAAGAUCCUCGAGUUGAACGAUGAGGGCCGUAAAGUGCGGCGUAAAUCUGCAGUGCCGGUCUUUGCCAGUGAGUCGCUGCCUAGCCGCAUGCUCCUGCUGAGUGAUCUGCAGAGGUGGCCGGAGCUGGCUGCUCUCACCAAGGAUAAUGGAGGCAGUGAAGGUGGAGCCACUCAGCAGGAGCAGCUGAUGAAGCUGCUGCUAAAAGCAUUUGGGACGUAUGGUGCCAUCUCUUCCGUCAGGGUCCUGAAACCCGGAAAAGACCUGCCAGCGGACCUGAAGAGGCUGAGCAGCCGCUACACUCAGCUGGGGACUGAGGAGUGUGCCAUUGUAGAGUUUGAGGAAGUGGAAGCUGCUGUCAAAGCCAAUGAAGCUGUGGGGAAUGAGGAUGGAGGGGCCAGUCCUCUGGGGUUGAAGGUAGUCCUGAUUGGUACCAAGCCACCCAAGAAAAAGGUGCCCAAAGAGCGACCACGUGAGGAAGGAGGGAUGCGCAAAAGUCGCUCGCUCAACAGCAGAGUACGAGAGCUGCAGUAUCACGGGGACGACUCGGCCUGCAGUUCCUCAGAGACUGAGAGCAACCCCACAUCUCCAAGGCUGGCCAGGAAGUCACAGUCCUGCAACAAGCUGAGCCCCACCACUGCAGGCAUCAACUUCCAGAACAAUCAUCUGAGUCCUGGUAUGUCCCCGCGAAACAGCCCCUGGUCCAGCCCCCGUGCCAGCCCCUGCCCUCAGCGCAAAUCUCCCCACCCCCAUAAGUCACCUUUAGCCAGCGAGGGCAGGCUGAGCCCAGAACCCGGCCGCCGCUGGGCAGACUACUCCUCAGACAGUAGCCUCACCCCUUCAGGGAGCCCGUGGGUCCAGCGGCGUAAGCAGGUGGCGUCUCAGGAGAGCAGCCCGGUAGGCAGCCCCAUGCUGGGUAGAAAGAUCCAGAACGCAGACGGUCUACCACCGGGCGUCAUGAGGCUGCCGAGGGGUCCUGAUGGGACCCGUGGCUUUCACUGUGUCACUGUGGGCGAGAGGGGGAAAACUGCUGCCACUCAGACUUGAUUUGUGGAGCACUCUUAUGCAGUCCCCAGAAGUGUAGUGAUGGAUUGGUUACUUGAGCUGUGCUUGGCUUGUCGCUCAGCCCCCACCCAGCGUUUGAGACUGUGUAGAAAUAUUUUUGUUGAGUGCAUCAGUUUUCGGUCUUUGUUAUAUUUUUAUACAAUGUUUUUCAGUUACCAUGGUAACAUUAGUGGUUUACCAAUGGAAAUUUGAGUGAAUGUAAGUUGAUACUGCUUUGAAAUGGACCAUUUAUGUCUAAUCUUGUCCUAAACGGGGCUGGCUGGAGAGGGAUUGCCACUUUUAUUUGAACUGAAAAGUGUCCUCUGUCUUGUGUGUAAGAGCUCACAUCUUUUGUCUGUCUGUCUCAGUGGUUGGUGUGUAAAUGUGUUUGUGGUGUAAAUGGCACAUGGACUUGAUAGAGAUAUCACCAUAUGCCUUCUCUGUGUUUGUCUACUGUGAGUUUCAUUUUUACAUACAAACUAUUUAAACUGAGGCCAUAAUCGCUCCACUGCCAUAAAGGUUAGAUGGUCAAACUUGGACAUGGUGUUAGUUUAUAUUUUGCCUUUUUUAAUUUCAGUAUUUUCAAUAUGCUUUGGCACUUUGUUGGGAGGGGUCUCUUUAGCCCUGUAAAUGUUUAUUUGUUUGGCAGAUAUCUGCUUUAUUUAUUUUUUAGCUUUAUUCUUUUUUUUUCUCUCGGCGUAUCUGUUUCCAUCAGUCUGCGUCACAGUGAGGUUUGAGGGAUCAGGUCAGGCAGAGUGAGUGCUCCAAUGUUCUUGCCUUUACAUUUGAGCUGGGGUAUUUGUACAGUGCAAUUCUUAUUGUACAAAUAAAUCACUGAAAAUGCAAUCUGCCUGAG